AACACAAACACAAACACAAUACACCUCCCUAUAUAUAUACAUAUAACCUUCACCCUCCAAAUCCUCUAACUUGAUCAAACAAGAAGGAAAAUUACUAUAAAUAGUAAAUUCAAAUUCGUCACUAAAACCAAACAUACAAAUUAAACUAUUACACACAAGUAUGAUGGGAAGACAGCAGUGCAAGAAGCACCCUAAACACCGCCAAUCCCCUGGCGUGUGCUCCCUUUGUCUCUCCGACAAGCUAUCUAAGGUCUCAAACUCCGGUACCGCCUCUCGUUCCGCUAUCAUUCGAGCUCGUGCUCGUGUUUACUAUGAAUCCUCCUCAUCCUCCUCACUUUCAUCUAGCUAUGAUUCUUCUACCGCUGCCUCCCCCGUACACCACGUUGUAAUUAGUGGUGCUCGCCAUCGGAGGAUCGUGUCCGAUGUACGAGCUAAUAAUGUUAUUGGGUAUAACACUAAUAGCAAAGGUGGUUCGGUUUUUAGUAAGAGUAAAUCUAUGGCUCAUGUUGAAAAAGAGAGGUUAAGAUCGGAUGAUAGUAAUAAUUAUGAUGAUAAAAAGAAGAAUAUGAAGAAGAAUGUAAAGAAAUUAUGGGCCAAUUUGCUUCGAUUAGGAAGAAAUGAAGAAAAGCGUGUUAAUGCACAUGUUAAUGAUCGUAAGAUUUUUCAGCCGCAUCAACUUCAAAGUUCUAGCAGCAUGGUUGUUUAUUAAUUGAUUGAUUGAUUAAUUGAUUAAUUAAAGCUAGAUUAGUUUUAUUAAUUGUGUUAUUUAGACAUGAUUAGUGAUUUUAAUUUAUUUUUUUUAACUUUUUUGUGUAUAAAAGAAAAGGAAAAAUGGAGGGGAGAAAAAUAUACAUACAGCAAUCCAAAUUACAAAAGAAUUGAAGAAGUUUAUUAUGCUUUGAUGAAUAUGUACAGUUAUAAUGUGAUACAAGUUUUACAAAGGAUAGCGAUGAAAUAAAAUUUUGUGGAUAAUUUGUGUUUA